CCCGCCGCGCUCUUUCCUGCGCCCGGUGUGCGGGGUGCAGACUGCCACCGCCGGCCAGUUAACGGGCCCCAGAACCUACCCGCCUCGGACCCAAUCCGCGUUAUCCCAGCUCGGGGCGGGACUCCGCUCUUCUGCAAACCGCGGCGACAAGAGAGCGUCAGAGUGAAGAAAUCUGUGCAGAGAGGGCUGGGUAGAAGGAGAAAUCCUCUCUCAGCACCUUCCAUCCAUUUAAAAAUAAACAUUACCUGUGUAGUGAAAAGAUCAUAAAGAGGGGAGAGAGAAUUCUGACCCGAUUCACCAUGAGAUCGAGAGCAUGAGAGCACCGCCUCGCAGGUCUCGACGCACUGAAAGGCUCAAAGGACUAAGACAGAGGCUGCCACCGGAGACUAUCUUGUUAAGUGACUGAGGGGGGACGGGUCGAAGUUGGGAACAGGACUCGCGAGGAUCCCCAAGAAGAGAGAAAAAAUCCGAGGUAAGAGUUGGCGAGGAGAUCGGACGCAGGGGGUACGCACACAAUUCAGACACACAGAUGCGUGACAAAAACAGGAAGAAGCCCGCCUGUGCUUAGCUCGCACGGAGGCGAGGGGACUGUGUGCAAUGCGGAGGGACUAAACUCUCGCUCCCUUUCGGAACGGAACGGGAGUGCAACGACGAAGAAGGAGUAGCGGAAUUAAGGGGGAGAAAAGUUGACGGCUUGUGAUGUGAGACCAGGAGAGGGACAGCCCCGCCAGGCAGCCGGAGCAGCCGUCUCCCCAAACACCCUUACAUGGCCGGGGUUCUGAUCCUGUUAGAGCUUCUGGUUCCAGGCAUCGGAGGAGGUUGAAAAGAGGCGCCCACGAUGCUACAGUGAGUUAUUGUUUUUAUUUCCCCCCCCCAUCGAAAAGAAAUAAGGACAAUGAAGGUUCUGCGCAGGAAGGCGGUUUUCUUGGUGCUAGGCUACGUCUUGCUGGUGGUGCUGACAAUGCUACAUUUCACAGACUACAAGGGGGCCAAGGAGUGCAGCCAGGUGAAGUAUGUGCCCUACCCGCUGCGCUACACGGUGGAGCAACAGCGAGCCCCGGCGCCGCUCAACGCGUCCGCCAAGCGGCAGCAUGUCUACGUGUUCACAACAUGGCGAUCCGGCUCGUCCUUCGUUGGCGAGCUCUUUAAUCAGAACCCAGACGUCUUCUUCCUCUACGAGCCCAUGUGGCAUAUCUGGCAGAAGCUGUACCCGGGCGACGCGCUCACGUUGCAGGGAGCGGCUCGGGACAUGCUGGGCCACCUCUACCGCUGCGACCUCUCCAUCUACCAGCUCUACAAUGGGGGGAACAAUGUCACCAGCAUGGGCAUCUUCGGUGCGCCCCGCAACAAGGUGGUCUGCUCCUACCCGCUCUGCCAAGCCUACAGGAAGGAGCGGGUGGGCCUCAUUGACGAGCACGUCUGUAAGAACGAGUGCCCACCCCAACAUCUGGACUCCCUGGCGGCCGAGUGCCAGAAGUACAGCACCAUCGUGAUCAAGGGCGUCCGUAUCUUCGAUCUUAGCGUGCUGGCGCCUCUGAUGAGGGACCCUACGAUCGACUUGAAGGUGAUUCACCUGGUGCGGGACCCUAGGGCUGUGGCCAGCUCCCGUAUCAGAUCCAGGAAUGGGCUGAUCCGGGAGAGCCUCCAGGUCAUGAGGAGCAAGGAUCCCAAAGGCCGACGCCUCAAGGUGUACGACGGCUACCAGCGGAGUCGGCGGGACGCGGUGGAUUACCACGCCCUUAACGCGCUGGAGGUGAUCUGCAGCAGCAUGGUGCGGACGGUGCAAAUGGCCAGGGAGCCGCCACGCUGGCUCAAAGACAACUAUCGGGUGGUGCGCUACGAGGACCUGGUGGAGGAGCCCAUCAGAUACCUGAAGGACAUGUACCACUUUGUCAACCUAUCUCUCAGUCAGGACCUGGAGAGGUUCGUCCUCAACAUGACCAUGGGUUCCAGCUACAGCAACAAGAAGCCCUUCAGUGUGUCCUCACGGAACGCCACGCAGGCUGCCAAUGCGUGGCGGACCCAGCUGACCUACUCCCAGAUCAAACAGGUGGAGGAAUACUGCCAACAGGCCAUGGACUGGCUGGGCUACCAGAAGGUACAAACGCCGGAAGAAGUCAAGGAUUUCAGCAAGUCAUUUGUGACCAAACUCCGGCUGUGAACAGCAGGACAGAGGUGAUGCAGUAAGCCAACCCAUCCAGUCCACACCCAUGAGAGGCGGAGGGCAAACCUCAACAUGUUUGGUUUCUAAACAUGCUCAGAUCUAAAUCUGAGAGUGGGGCUUUGUCAGGGGAAGGUGAGGUGGAGGGUUGUGUGGUACCUUCUUUCUCUGGCACACACAUACACAUUGGCAUUCUUGUACACCCACCGACCUAUUUGCACAAUUGCCUUCAUCUGUACACCCACAGAUGCUCAGAGUUACCACCUUAGCAUCAAUAUACACUCCCAUAAAAACACUCAUCCAGGCACAACUUUACAUUCACAAACACACAUUACAAUUUCUCCCACUCCCAACAUUCUUGAUAUUUCCCAUGCAGAAUUAGCCAAACCCACAUACAUUUCAACUGACAAAACAUUAAUGUACUGACACUGGCAUUGCUCGGUAUAACUCAUACACUUUACUACUAACGGCAAAAAAGCUGUUGAGAUGUGAAUCAUCUGGUGAUUUUUAAGGGAAGUUUUGCAUCAUCAGGUGUUGACAAAGGUACAAAGCAUUCAUUUGUUCACCGGAAAUACUUGAUCUUUGGGUUUAAAAUUGUUAUAUAUGUUGCUCUAUGAAUACAUAUAUGUAUAUAUAGGUUUUGUUGUCUGGUUAAAUGAAUAAAUUGAUAAUUUAUCAUUUUUUAAAGAAAGUAUUCUAUUAUAUGAUGGCAUGUGACUGUAGAAUUGUGAGUACAGUGCUUUACUGCCAAAGUGCAACAAAUCAGGAUCCUUUCUGUUCUUUUUUUUUGCUCGAAUGUUCUUCCCACACAAGUACGUUUGUUCUUUCCCCUACAAUGUGGAAAUCAAAGAAGCUGUUGCAAAAUAAAUCUUCUUUGACCCUUAAUUUUAUUCUUAUUGUGUCAUCGCAAGAAAUCAACCCCAAAAUACCAAAAAAAACUUUAAAAAUAGCAUUUGGUUUGAUGAUAAUUGAAAUUUGACAUGAUAAAAUUCAGCAGAACGUGUUCUUAUAAUUACAAGAAACCACGCUGACGGGGUUUUUGUAUUUUAUUGAGGGUCUUUGCGACAUUUACAAUACACAGUAUUUUAAGGGGCUAAGGGAUAUAUUGAGCAAUGCGUGCCCAGAAAGAUUUUUUUCCCCAUUAAUGGCCAACUCAAAACGUCACACAAGGAGUUUUCUCUUACACCUCUGUCACCAAUACCAAAGGUAUAGAAUUAAAGGCAUUGAUUCUGUAUAGAAGUUAUUUCAAUAAUGUUAUUUUUAAAUGCCCUCAAGUCACGGGUGGCAGCAGAAUUUUGGUGGACUGUUUCAGAAGGCACAGUGUCUGUUUACUGGAAUAUGUACAAGAUAUAUACCACAUCUUGAAAAUAGUUUUGGAGAAACAGCUACAAUUUGAAAAUUGAGGUCUCGGGAGAAAACACUAAAGACAUACUUUGGUUGCUGCACUUCAUUAUAUAUUCUAGGUGAUUACUAUUUGGCAAAACCAAGAUGCAUUUAUAAGAUAGUCUUGAGGUUUGGACCUAAGUAUUAGAUGAAUGCAUUCAGAUAGUCAGAAUGCAGGUGAAGAAAAUUUUGGUUAUUCUGAAUUUAUUGGGCUCCAUAUAGCAGGAGAACGGUGCACCUAGUGUUGACUUCUCAAGGUAAAAGUGCCUUUAUGUUGCUUUGGUCUUGGAAUAGUAGUAUUACAUUGUGCUGAACAUGCUCUCACUCCUGAAAAGUAAAUGAAUAACUACUUAUUAGAUGUUGGAAGGUUUCUUUGCCACUGUUGUCCCAUGGAAGCAAGCUGCAUGAUGUAUCCUUCCUCACCAGCCCUGUGAGGUAAAUUACAACUAUUGAAAUGGGACCUCACCCUUAGUACUGGCCAUGAAUGCUGCUUCCUCUGUAAACUAUACUACUGGCUGACUGCUUCUGCCAGGUCAGCCAGCUGGGGCUUGGUUGACAACUCUCAGAUUGGGCUUGUCUCUCUCAUACUGCUGUCAGGCAAAAUUACCCUGCCAUUAGUGUGAAGAGGGGAGGGGAUCCGUGUAUGGUAGUGGGAAGGUUUAAGGGGAUAGCUGUCAUAAAACUUCAAUGAUUUACUAAAGGUCAAUAAAAACAAACUGACCUCUACACUCAUUCUACUUAAUACUAACUAAACCAACUAUGAGAAAUGAUUUCAUUCACCAGCUUAGAAAUGCACACACACCAGCAGAUGGAUCAGUAAGCACAGCUUGCUGCAUGUAUUUGAGAAAUCAUGUGUAUCUUCUCUUCCAUGAUGAAAUGAGUGGGCAGUAUAGCAGCAGGUUCUCACUCUCUACCCUUUGGAUGAAGUCAGUGGAUUUGGUUUAAAACCUGUAUCUAGAAAACUGAAUAAAACAAUUCAGCAGCUGCCAAACAAGACAAGGUAACAACAUCAUCAUUCCGAGUUGUUACCAUCUUGCAAUGCGUUCCAGACCAGGCUGCAGAGCGGGGUGCUCAUCAUUAAUUUUUAUUACACACAUCAAAGUUGCUGGUGAAUGCAGCAGGCCAGGCAGCAUCUAUUGGAAGAGGUACAGUCAACGUUUCAGGCCGAGACCCUUCGUCAGGACUAACUGAAGGAAGAGUUAGUAAGAGAUUUGAAAGUGGGAGGGGGAGGGGAGAUCCAAAAUGAUAGGAGA